UAUUAGUAUUGUUGCUGCUCUCUGCAUAGUGGUGACAAGAAGAACGAGCUGAGCUAGCGUAAAGUACAGGCUGGUCAAGUUUGUAACUACAACGUUAUCAGUGCAGUCAAAGACUAUCUACCAAGGAACAGCGAAAAAAACCCAGUCUAUAUUGACAUCCGUUUAUUGAUUGUAAAAUUAGCUCAUAUUUACUGUUUAUGUCAAGCUAGUUAACUUGCUAGCUAACGUUAGUUCGCAAUAUACGACAGCUAAGUUGUAUAUGCUAGUUAGCACCACCUAGCUAACCUUAGCCUGUGUUCUCCCUCAACAACCGGUCACCUACGCACUGGCAGAAUGGCCUUAAAACGAAUUCACAAGGAGUUGAAUGACCUGGCCAGAGAUCCUCCAGCACAGUGUUCGGCCGGCCCGGUCGGAGAUGACAUGUUUCAUUGGCAAGCUACAAUUAUGGGUCCUAAUGACAGUCCAUACCAAGGAGGUGUUUUUUUUCUGACAAUUCAUUUCCCCACAGACUACCCCUUUAAACCACCUAAGGUUGCGUUCACCACCAGAAUUUAUCACCCAAAUAUUAACAGUAACGGUAGCAUCUGCCUGGAUAUAUUGAGAUCACAAUGGUCCCCUGCAUUAACUAUCUCUAAAGUUCUUCUCUCCAUCUGUUCACUCUUAUGUGACCCCAACCCAGACGACCCGUUAGUGCCCGAGAUCGCUCGUAUCUACAAAACAGACACUGACAAGUACAACAGAAUAGCCCGGGAAUGGACUCAGAAAUACGCUAUGUGAUACCAGAUCAUGGUCGUUGUUCAUUGUAGCUGGAAUAAACCUUAAAUCACACUGUUUUUGUUGCCCAUUCAGCCCUUACCAUCAACAACUAAGUAAUUUCUUCUUUAUUCUGCCCCUCAACAUAUAUUCAUAUGCUCUUAACAAGGGAAAUCUCCAAGUCCCCUUUUUUUCUUUCCAAAAGAUGCCAAUUGCUCAGAACUCUCAGUGGAGCAGGUGCUGUGUACCUGUUAAACCAACCACAGAAACCUAUGAAGAGCUUCUGAUUGCAUUGAAUUCACUUGAAGGUGCCAAAAAAAGUGAGGAUUCUCCAAAUGUCACCAUUUGUGUGUAAAGAGGAUCAACAUGGUGCAAAGUUUUGUAAGCUUUUCCGAUAGCACUGUAGAACUGAGGUAUGUGAAUGUUGUACACUUGCUGUUAGCUGACUGUUGGAAUGGAGAAUUGCUGUAUCUGAAAAGUUGUAUCUACAGUAAAUAAGAAACAAAAUGCAUGUUAAUAAGAUAAUUGGUUUAUGUGCUGCUGAGAAUUAAUUGAGAGCCAAGGAGCGCAAAUGUGUUUACUUAAAGUUGAAUCUUUUUUUUUGUUACUCCUUUUCUUUGCAUUGUUUUAGAAUGGGAGCUGUUAGUUAAUCACUCAUCCAUGAAACUUCUGUUUUGCACUGAAUACAUUAUUCAAAGCUGUCAAUGGCUGAUCAACUAACAGCUCUGCUAUUUAAUGGUUACUUUUUUUUUCUCAAUAAAGUUGAACAAAUAAC